AUCUCUGUAUUGAAAAAAUAGUGAUAAUUCUUAUUGUAGAUAAUGCAAAAAUACAAGAAGUCAUCAAGUAAACUAUGGUAAAGUAGCAAAUGUUUCACCAGCCAUAACUAGAAGAAUAGAAACAUACCAACAACACAAAAUAUGGAUUCAUGAACACUCAAAAUUUAAGUGUUACAUCAAUAAAACAGUACAAACCAGAAUUUUCACAUCCAAGAAACUGACCACCCAACAAGAGCCUUUUGCAAUGCAAAUAGAAAAUCAUAAAAGAAAAAAGAGUGUGUUAUGUUAAAUUGUAGAUCCUCUUUCAUUUUCAAGGCAUACACCCACCCACCCCACUUCUCAUUUUGAAGGUAAGCAACUUUUUUUCCCAUGUCUUGCUUUUUCUUACCGUUCAAGUGAGAAGCCUUAGGUUGUUGGGUGAUAACAGUGCUUAGAGUGUCAUGUAUUUGUCAUAAGCUAACUUCUUCUAAUUUGCUUUAUACAUACUCCAUCAGGAUUCUCAAACAACUCUUAUCUCCUCCAUCCAAUAUACUUCUAUAUCAUCUAUUCCAAUACCUAAUUAUUCUGUAGUUUUCGAGUUGCUUGGUUUUUAUCAUGAAUUUCUCUACGGCUUAGAAACUUAAAUUCUUUUUCUCCAUCAAUGUUUACUGUCUUAUCAAAUGUAAUACAUCAUUGAACACACAAGCAAGCAUCUAAAUCGAAAGAAUAGUUAUCAUGCCUUUUGGUUUGGUGUCAGCGUGGAACAAACGCCGGAGAAGCAAGUCUGAGGAUAUGCUAAAUCCUUGGAUAUAUAAACCUGUGGAAUAUUGGCAAAUCGAAGACCAGAAUCCACCUGCAGCAAAGAGACGCCAUGGAUCAUCAGUUUUCACACUCAAAGAAAUGGAGGAGGCAACAAAUUCUUUCAGUGAUGACAAUCUACUUGGAAAAGGAGGAUUCGGUCGAGUUUAUAAGGGCACACUGCGGUCUGGAGAGAUUGUAGCAAUUAAGAAAAUGGAUCUACCUUCAUUCAAGGAGGCAGAGGGCGAGCGUGAGUUUCGUGUGGAAGUCGAUAUUUUGAGCAGACUGGAUCAUCCUAAUCUGGUAUCACUAAUAGGCUAUUGUGCAGAUGGGAAGCACAGAUUUCUAGUCUAUGAGUAUAUGCAUAAGGGGAACCUUCAAGAUCAUUUAAAUGGGAUUGCAGAAGUGAAGAUGGAUUGGCCCUUAAGGCUAAAGGUAGCUCUUGGGGCAGCAAGAGGACUUGCAUAUCUCCAUUCAAGUUCAGCUGUUGGAAUUCCUAUAGUUCAUAGGGACUUCAAAUCCACCAAUAUUCUUUUGAACACUAAUUAUGACGCAAAGAUAUCAGAUUUUGGUCUUGCAAAGUUGAUGCCAGAAGGCCAGCAAUCAUGUGUGACAUCAAGGGUACUUGGUACUUUCGGCUAUUUUGACCCUGAAUAUACACUGACCGGAAAACUCACUUUACAAAGUGAUGUUUAUGCAUUUGGUGUUGUUAUGCUGGAGCUUUUAACCGGACGCAGGGCUGUGGACCUCACCCUUGGACCAAAUGACCAGAAUUUAGUACUACAGGUGAGACAUAUAUUGAAUGAUAAGAAGAAGCUGCGUAAGGUGAUUGACCCUGAGAUUAGCAGAAGCUCAUACACAAUGGAGUCUAUCACCAUGUUUGCUAACCUAGCAUCUCGCUGUGUGAGAACUGACAGUAGCGAAAGGCCCUCAAUGGUAGACUGCAUCAAAGAACUUCAGCUGAUCCUCCACACGAAUACGAAAGGGCUAAGUAUGACUAUGCAUACAUUCAGAAUGAUCUGA